UAUGCCUCAUGUUACCCUCACAAAAAUGGCUAACAAAUAUGGACCCAUCAUGUACCUUAAGAUGGGAACUAGAAAAAUGGUCGUGGCUUCAAAUCCCGCUGCUGCGCGAGCCUUUCUCAAAGAUGCCGGCCAUAACUUUGCGAACCGGCCGUCCAACGCCGGCGCCACCCAUGUGGCUUAUAAUUCUCAGGAUAUGGUGUUUGCUAAGUAUGGACCUAAGUGGAGGCUCAUGAGAAAGCUCUGUAAUCUUCACUUGCUUGGUGGAAAGGCUAUUGAGAACUGGGCACAGGGGAGGGAAUCCAACGAAUUCAAGGACAUGGUGGUGGAGCUGAUGACCACCGGCGGCUAUUUUAACGUCGGCGACUUCAUCCCCUUUCUGGGCUGGCUCGACCUUCAGGGCAUUGAGCGAGGCAUGAAACGCCUGCACAAGAGGUUCGACGCCUUGCUGACAAGGAUGAUCAAUGAACACGUGGCGUCCAAUGAUAGGCGCAAGAGUAAACCUGAUUUCUUAUACGCUAUUAUGGCUUAUGGUGGAGGCGAUCACUCUGAUGCAGACCAUAACUUUACACUCACCAACGUUACGGCUCUUCUUCUGAACCUAUUCGCAGCAGGCACAGACACAUCCUCAAGCGUCAUAGAAUGGGCACUUGCAGAGAUGCUAAAAAACCCUAGCAUCAUGAACAAAGCACAACAAGAAAUGGACCAAAUCAUCGGCCAUGAACGUCGUCUCCAAGAAUCUGACGUCUCAAACCUCCCUUACCUUCGAGCAAUCUGCAACGAGACCUUCCGGCUACAUCCUUCCACCCCUCUCAACCUCCCCAGGGUGGCGGCCGAGCCGUGUGAAAUCGCCGGCUACUUCAUCCCGAAGGACACGAGGCUGAGUGUCAACAUAUGGGCCAUAGGACGAGAUCCUGACGGGUGGGAGAAGGCAUUGGAGUUCAAGCCAGAGAGAUUUGUGAGUGAUGAGAAGAACAAGAAAAUGGAUCCUGGUGGGAAUGACUUUGAGUUGAUUCCUUUUGGAGCUGGAAGGAGGAUAUGUGCAGGGACGAGAUUAGGGAUUUUGAUGGUUCAAUUCAUAUUGGGGACUUUGGUGCAUUCGUUUGAUUGGAAGCUUCCAGAAGGAGUUUCGGAGCUGAAUAUGGAAGAGACCUUUGGACUUGCCUUGCAGAAGAAAGUUCCUCUCACAGCUAUGGUUAGCCCUAGGUUGUCCCCUAGGGUUUAUACUUUAUAGCAUUGCCUCAAGUUAGACGCUGACAUGGAGUUCUGGAUGGAUUCAAGGUGUCUGCUGUCUUCUCUUCGGCCUCUUAUAAUGCCCAAAAUCUCAUCCGAUGUCUUCAUCAUUUGAAGGAAUUAGAUGAAAUUUCUUUCAUCAUUGGCCCUAAUGAACGGCUAAGAUUUUAGAUAUUAGAGAGGGCAUUAGACUUCUCAAAUCCAUUCAAGACAGCGUCUUUAGAAGAAAGCAGUGGAGAAGUGGUAUUAAGCAUACACAUAUAAAUUAUUGUAGAAUUAUAAUAAAGGAUAUUAUUUUAUGCUGCGUCUAGAGGUGGGAUCAAAUCCACCAUUAGAUAUUAGCGCAGAGUUCUGGAUGGAUUUGGAGUGUUAGUUGUCCUCUCCUCUGUCUACUUUAAUGUCCAAAAUCUCAGUCCUUCAUUUAAAGAAAUUAGAAGAAAUUUCUUUGACCAUUGAUCCAAAUGAACGGCUGAGAUUUUGGAUAUCAAGGAGGACAUUAGACACCCCAA